AUGUCUUCCAAACGCAUUGCCAAGGAAUUCGCAGAGUGCUCCGAGAACGCUCCGGAGGGCUACACUAUCGCACUUGGCGGCGGCGGCAGUGAUCUCCACCGCUGGAACGCCACGCUCUCUGGUCCUGCCGACACGCCCUACGCCGGCGGUCACUUUGGUGUCGUCAUCACCCUGCCCACCGACUAUCCCUUCAAAGCCCCCGUCGUCACUUUUGCCUCCCGUAUCUACCACCCCAACAUCACAAACGACAGUCUCGGCAACGUCUGUCUCGCCCUGCUCAAGUCUGAGAACUGGAAGCCGGCUACAAAGCUACGCGCCGUUCUCGACGCUGUUCGCCAGCUGCUCGUCGCCCCCCAGCCCGAUGACCCCCUCGAGGCUCGCAUCGCCGAUGAGUACCGCUCCGACCGGGCCGAGUUCGAUAAGCAGGCUGCUGCUUACACCGAAAACUACGCAAAGGGUGCCCCCAAGUUUUCAUAG